GACGGGGAGACACCCACUACCCCGAAGCCCCGACGCAGCGUAGCCCUUGCUCUCGCUUGCUCCUUGCUUUGGGGAUCGCCCCUGUGGUCUCCGGCCGCUCGUCCUCCUUGCACGUUGAGCAACUUGAUCGGUUGAAAUAGCAAGAUCUUCAAAUUCCUAAAGACAACGGCAAUGUGGGGAACUGCCAAGAGGCGGCUUCGAUGGGAAAGUUUCUGGAGGUUUUAGGGGCUCUCAGACAUCUUGGAUUUGAUGGCUGAACAUUUGGCUUCGAUCUUUGGCACGGAAAAGGACAGAGUCAACUGCCCCUUCUACUUCAAGAUUGGGGCUUGUCGCCAUGGGGAUCGAUGCUCCCGCCUCCACAACCGUCCCACGAUAUCACCGACCAUUCUCCUCUCUAAUAUGUAUCAGCGCCCAGACAUGAUCACUCCAGGUGUCGAUGCUCAGGGCCAGCCGAUUGACCCUCGGAAGAUACAAGAGCACUUUGAGGACUUCUAUGAAGACAUCUUUGAGGAGCUUGGCAAGUUUGGCGAGAUUGAGAACCUUAAUGUUUGUGACAACCUUGCUGAUCAUAUGAUUGGGAAUGUCUAUGUUCAAUAUAGAGAAGAGGACCAAGCAUCUGCUGCUAUGAGGGCCCUGCAGGGCAGGUUUUACUCGGGGCGCCCUAUAAUUGUGGACUUUUCUCCUGUCACAGACUUUAGAGAAGCCACAUGCCGACAGUAUGAGGAGAAUAGUUGCAACCGUGGUGGAUACUGCAAUUUCAUGCAUGUGAAGCAGAUUGGUAGGGAGCUCCGGAGGAAACUAUUUGGGCGGUACAGGAGGCCCAACACACGAAGAAGUCGAAGUCGCAGUCACAGUCCUAGCCCAUAUUAUAAAAGGGGAUCCCGUGAUCAUGGUGAUUAUCGUGACCGUGGUGACCAUCGGGACAAUGGGCGGAGGAGUGGUGAUGGACAUGGAAGCCAUGAUAGAGAUGGGGGAAGGCGGCGGCAUGGAAGUCCAAAACGUACAAAGAGCCCGAUAAGGGAAGGAAGCGAGGAACGGAGAGCUAGGAUUGAGCAAUGGAACCGGGAAAGAGAAGAGAAGCAUGGAUGAGUCACAACACAAUGUCGUUUCUUAUGGCUACUCUUAAUUCAUAUAUGGCUGGGUCAGGUGUUUUGUUUUUUCUCUUGUUGAAUCAGAAUCUGGUCCAGCCAUUUUUAUUAAGUCCUUGGACGUCAAAAGUUCUCUUUAUGCUUCAACUAUUUGAAUGAACUUUCUGGCUUGUUGCAUCUCCA